CGGCGCGCGAGUGACGUCACUGUUGAGUGCACGCACGAGAAGACGUGGACGAGACUCGCAGAGAUUUUUCAAUUUUCUACGUGCGAGGAAGGAAAAUUCCGUAUCCUUCAAGAUGAGCCGCGCCGGGAAAUUAACGUUGUACUCGCACCCGUUGUUGAUGAAGCCAACAGUAACGGUAAUGAGGAAUAGCAGCAUGUACAAAAUGCGAAAUAUUCACGCGGAGGAAUCCUUGUCUGUGAGCCAGCAGCAGCUAUGUAAUCUCGGGAACACCGACAAGAUGCCCGGCGAGGCCAACAGCGGGAAGACCCUCGAGGAGAAGCUUCUACAUUGUCUGAGAACAGAACCUUCAACAGAGUACUAUGAAUUAGAGGCUAGACAGACCAAAAUUCUUUCUCAACUGGCUGAUCUCAAGGAACAAGUUUCUACAUUGUGUUAUUUUUUGAAACACUCAAAUGAAGCUACUAAAUUGAAUAAAAAUGAAAUACCAGCUGUAUCAUCAGAUGUAUCAUCUACACAAAAAUGUGUAGAAAAUUCUUUGAAUCACGAGAAACAAGAAUGUAUAUUGAGUUUAUUUCUUAGAGGCCUGAAAAGUGAGGUAAAAGUUGCAGCAGAUCAUGUACCAUUUACACAGAAACCAGUCAGUACUAACAUGAUAAUACAUGUAGGUCCAUAUCAUCCACCAUUUUCAUUAAACGCUUUGAUGAAGGUUUGGAAGGACGUUGAUAUUAGAACGAUAUCAUAUAAACAAUCUACUACAAAUAGAUCUACAGCCAUACAAUUUUUUCGUAAAAAAACUUUUAAGCCUGCUGCAAAAAUAAUCGUAAAUUUAUCGUUGAUAUGGAGAAACAUUAGGGAGUUGGAAAUUGUUACAGACAUAGAUAGAUAUAAAAUAUUCGGCGAAGUCAAUCUCCUCAGAUACUUUAGUAGGCUGAUAGAUACACAUAACUAUGAGAAGAUACAUCCACAGCCACACUUGUUGGAUACAGUACUCGACUGGUGUUAUAAGACGCGUGAACACCUUGAAACGAAAGAAUAUACAUAUGAUGGAGUAGAAUUUCAUACCAUAACACAUAACAUUGACAAAUGGUCUAAUUACAAGGAUGAACCUAAUAUUGCGGAUAUCGCGGUAUGGUCUCUGUUCAAACAAUAUCCCCUAAACAAGAAACCACAGGUUCUUAAUGAAUUGUAUGAUAUAUGUGAAAAGAAAUUUGAUACUGAAAUGAAUACAAAUUUAUAGAUUAUGCUUGUAAAUAUGCUGUAUAAAUUAGUAAGAUUGAUUAAGGUUUAAACACAUAAAAAAUACAUAUUUGUUUUAUUUUUAA